AUGGCAGCAAUGAAAUCUGUUGUUUCUCUCAGCCUCCGCCCAACGUGGCUGGUGGUGCUCCUCCUUUUGCUGGUGGCGCAAAACCACAUGACUCUAUCUCAGGCACAGAGUAGUUGCUCUUCUUCCCUUGCAAACCUAAGUGUUUGUGCACCCUUUGUUGUUCCAGGCGCCACCAACGCCGCCCCAAGCUCCGACUGCUGUGGCGCACUGCAGUCCUUGGAUCACGAGUGCAUUUGCAACACUGUUAGGAUCGCUGCCCGCCUCCCAUCGCAGUGCAACCUCCCUUCUCUCAGCUGUGGUGGUUAG